AGAGCUCCUAGGCGCGCGGCUCCCACGCAUUAGAUGAAUCGCACGCGCUCUCAUCAGAAGGAUUGAACUACUGCAGUCUCUCACAGCUCUGAACACCGACGUUCCAUCAGUUGUUAGGAAUUCUUUAUCCAGGGAAAUCGUGCGGAAGCGAAGACUUCUUCUUUGGAGUCACUAAACCUCACAACCGUACUUUCACCAUGGACCCCAUCAACUGCUCAUCUGUGGAUCUCUCUGAUGUUCUGGCCAGCAGGAUGAGUCCCAGUAAGAUCCUCCUCUCCCUGACUCUCUCCUUCCUGGCAGUGGCGACCACCGCCAUCAACUCCCUGGUCAUCACAGCUAUCCUGAUCACCCGCAAACUCCACCAACCCGCCAACUACCUCAUCUGCUCUCUAGCUGUGACAGAUCUUCUAGUAGCUGUUCUAGUAAUGCCCGUCAGCAUUGUGUACAUUGCAGAAGAGUCGUGGGUUCUCGGUCCAAUCGUGUGUCACCUGUGGUUGGGUGUUGAUGUUACGUGCUGCACCUGCUCAAUUUUACACCUAGCCGCCAUUGCGCUCGAUCGAUAUCGCGCCAUUACCGAUGCCGUGGCGUAUUCCCAGAAACGCACGUAUAAGAGAGCAAUCAUAACCAUUUUAGCCCUGUGGACACUGUCUGUGCUGGUGUCUUUACCACCUUUAGUGUGGAGGAAAUUCCCGGUGGAACACAAAGAUGGGGAGAGGGAAGUCAUGGACUGCUUGAUCGAGCAUGACCAUGUGGCCUUCACUGUCUACUCAACUUUUGGAGCAUUUUAUAUUCCACUGGCCCUCAUUUUGGUGCUUUACUACAAGAUCUACAAGGCGGCGGAGACUCUGCGUAACCGUCGAGGGAGCAGCCGAUUGGUCAAACAGACAGUGAGCAGCGUCAUGCUUCCUGGAAUGAGCUCCGAUAAAGACAUCGCCCUCAGUCCUGACACAUUCUGCCCAGUCGAGAAGUCAUUUUCGGAUCCAUCGACAGAUGGGGAAAGGAUGCGUAUUACUUCAUCAUCAGGUAAUCUCAUCAAGGUCCGUAGGAACCCAGGGGCCAGGGAGAGACGGGCGGCUUUGACGUUAGGACUAAUCCUGGGAGCCUUUGUGAUUUGUUGGUUACCGUUCUUCCUAAAGGAGGUAAUUGUGAAUAUUUGCCCGACCUGCAGCACUUCCGCUGUGCUUGCAGAUUUCCUCACCUGGCUUGGGUACCUCAAUUCCCUCAUCAAUCCGCUAAUAUACACCAUCUUUAAUGAGGACUUUAAGAAAGCAUUUAAAAGACUUCUGCCUCUCUGCUGCACCAGCAUUCUGUGAAACUGACUAAGAAGGAAAGAAAAAGAUGUGGUUUCAAAUGACAAAACUUUGUAUUUAAAGCUGCAAAUUACAAUGACAGUCCUGUCAUACUGUAAAUUGGUGGACUUCUGCAAAAAUUACACACCUUUCAGAGACAUUUUAACUGUAUAUUGUUUAUAUAGUGCCUGUGAAUACUUUGGUACAUGAAUGCAUGUAAAAACCAACUCAUUUACUCCACUUAAAGAUUUCAGUAUUUUAAAAUUGAGGAUUUUAUAUAAAAUGAAAAAGCGUCUGGUGCACAAAUGUGAUGUAAAUCAACUCCACCAUGGGGGCAAAGUUUGGCUGGUUAGCAUGGUCCAGUUAGCCCCUACUGAUGUAUCAUAACUACACCAUCUGGAUCCCAAAAUAUUUUUUCUUCAUUAACAGCCAUUGAAAAUUUGAUGUGUACUGACAAAAUAAA